AUGCCGCCUCUUGUUGAUUUUAAAGACAUUCAAGAUAAGCUCUCUACUCAGUUUAGACCUUUGCAACGCUCAUUUCAGUUCUGGGUUCGUGCUGCUGAUAUCUACACUGGCUAUAAGUUGUUUCAACUGAGAGUGAGUUUGGUGAAGGAUGUGGAAAAGCAGGAGGCAAUGUGGGAGAAACAGCAUGAGUUUGCUGCUGGCAAGAUUCAUGCUAUGUGUUCUGAUCUCGGUGGGUUCUUUCUGAAGGUUGCCCAAAUCAUUGGGAAGCCUGACCUUGCUCCAGCAGCAUGGGUGAGAAGGCUUGUUACUUUGUGCGAUAGAGCUCCGGCAACUCCAUUUGAUACUGUUAAGCUUGUGCUGGAGAAAGAGUUAGGUCGAAGCAUUGAGGACGUUUUUGAAAGAUUUGAUGUGGAACCUCUUGGUUCUGCUUCAAUUGCACAGGUUCACCGGGCAAGAUUGAAAGGUGAUAAGAGCGAUGUUGCUGUCAAGGUCCAACAUCUUGGAGUUCAAGGUCUGAUGAUGACAGACAUCCAUAACCUUCAAGCAUUUGCUUUAUACAUGCAAAAAACUGAUAUCAAAUUUGAUCUGUACUCUGUGACAAAAGAAAUGGAGAAACAGUUGAAAGUUUUGGAUUGCAAGAUUGGAUAUGAAUUUGAUUUCAAGAGGGAGGCUAAUGCUAUGGAAAGAAUCCGGCAAUUUCUGUAUGAGAAUAAUAAAGCAAGUCCGGUUUUAGUGCCGCGAGUGCUGAAGGAUAUGGUCAGCAGGAGGGCCUUAGUGAUGGAGUACAUUGAUGGGAUUCCAAUUUUGAAUCUUGGUGACGAAAUAGCCAAAAGUGGAAUUAAUCCUGGUGGUAAGAUUGCAGCAGCAGCAAAGCAGAACAUUCUUAAGAGUUUGACACUAGCAUAUGGACAAAUGAUACUGAAGAGUGGUUUCUUCCACGCCGAUCCCCAUCCAGGAAAUAUAUUGAUUUGUAAAGGUUCCAAGGCAACUCUCUUUCCGGCAGUUGCCUUGCUAGACUACGGGCAGGUGAAGGAUCUCCCGGAUAAGUUGAGGCUUGGAUAUGCAAAUUUGGUACUUGCUAUUGCUGACAGUGAUCCAAUUAGAGCAGCAGAAAGCUACAGGGAGCUCGGCAUAGAUACCUUAAGUAAAUGCGAGAAUGGGCUGCAGGAAUUGUUUAGGUUGGCAGAAACAAUGUUUGACACAAAACUACCACCUGGAGUGGCAAUGUUGCAACCUUUCUCAGAGGAUUCUUCCAUAAAAAAAGUCUCCGUUGAGGCUUUCCCAGAGGAAUUAUUUUCUGUUCUUCGCACAGUGCAUCUUUUGAGAGGUCUUAGUGUGGGUCUUGGUAUCAACUACUCAUGUGCAGAACAAUGGAGACCCAUUGCAGAAGAAGCAUUAUAUCUUGCUGGCAGAUUAAAAGUCAAUGGGUUUGGUCUUGAACAAAAUCUUUCCCACGAGAGCCCAGCCCAGCCCAGCCCAAAUGUAUAUUCAAUGCGGAAGAGAGUGUCAGGUACAGUUCCCGCCUUAUUGAAUGAAUUAAGGCGCCAAAUGUCAAAGAAGAAAGGGUCCACUCCACCCUAG